AAAUCUGAUUGCACUUUGGACUUUCUCUGGCUUUUCGACGCGAAACGGUGACAGUGUAUUUACUUUUUAAAGCAAACGGUUUAAAAAUUAGCACACACCCAACAUGAUCAACUCGGGAAAGCUAGCAGGGCGCACCCUCUUCAUUACGGGAGCCUCGAGAGGAAUCGGCAAGGAAAUUGCCUUGAAGGCGGCUCGUGAUGGUGCUAACAUUGUGGUGGCGGCCAAGACAGCCGAGCCACAUCCAAAGCUGCCCGGCACCAUUUACUCAGCGGCCGAGGAGAUCGAGAAAGCCGGCGGACGGGCCCACCCCUGCAUUGUCGAUGUUCGCGAUGAGGUCCAGGUUCGGACCGCCAUUCAGGAGGCAGUGGCCAAAUUCGGGGGCAUCGACAUUGUCGUCAACAAUGCUAGUGCGAUCUCCCUGACCAACACACCCAAUACAGAUAUGAAGCGGUACGACCUUAUGCACAACAUUAACACCAGGGGAACCUUCUUGGUGUCCAAGGAGUGCCUGCCGUACUUGAAGAAGAGCAACCACGCCCACAUACUCAACAUCUCGCCACCGCUGAGCAUGCUGCCAAAGUGGUUUGGUCCGCAUGUGGCCUAUACGAUGGCCAAGUACGGCAUGUCCAUGUGUGUUUUGGGAAUGGCAGAGGAGUUUAAAAACGAUGGCAUUGCCGUCAACGCGCUCUGGCCCCGCACUGCUAUUCUGACUGCUGCCAUUGAAAUGCUUACUGGUUCUGAAUCGGCCCAGUGGUCGCGCAAGCCCGAGAUCAUGGCUGAUGCCGCCUAUGCCAUUCUGUCGAGAGAGCCCAAGCAAUUUACUGGUCAAUUCUUUGUCGAUGAUGAAGUUCUUGAAGCAGCCGGGAUCAAAGAUCUCAAGCGCUACGCCUGCGUGCCCGAGAACGCUGACAACCUAAUGGUUGACUUCUUUGUGGAGGCCAAGGGAGCGACAACUGAAACACUAGCUGCUACAGCUGGUGCAUCCACUCCCACUGCAGGCAGUGAUAGCGGCAAAAUACCUCAACUGUUCCAGAAGAUUGAAUCUCUUCUAUCUACCGAGAUUGUCUCCAAGACGCAGGCCGUCUUCCAGUUCAACAUUAGCGGCGCUGAGCAGGGAACCUGGUACUUGGACUUGAAAAAUGGUUCAGGCUCCUGCGGCUCCGGCACACCACCAGCCACUCCCGACGCAACGCUCACGAUGAACUCGACGAACUUUUUCGACAUGUUUUCGGGAAAAUUAAAGGCAGCACCAGCCUACAUGACUGGCAAGCUAAAGAUUAGCGGAGAUUUCCAGAAGGCCCUCAAGCUGGAGAAGCUCAUGAAGGCGCUCAAGUCAAAGUUGUAGGAAUUGCCCAAUUGCAUUUCAUAUUCCAUAACUAUAUAUUCACAUUUAUAUCUGACCCGUGCAUGUUUUCAAUAAAGUCUGAACCCUAUUACCUAUGGUUGAGAGA